AAUUUAACUUUUAAAAGAGGACGCUUUAUGAUAGACAUGUCAUAACUGUAAUUUCAUUCUUACUCGUCAAUCUGUUCCUUAAAUUUUCUUUUGAUUCUUAAUAUUUUCUUAAUUAAAAUUUAAAAUAAUGAGUGGACGUGGAGCUUUAUUAGUUUUAGAAGGCUGUGACAAAGUAGGAAAAUCGACUCAAGCAAAAUUAUUAGUCGAGGCAUUAAAUAAUCUUGGCAUUCCUGCUAUAGGUAGAUCCUUUCCAGAUAGGACAACUGAGAUAGGCGAAUUGUUAGACAAAUAUUUAAGAAAAGAAAUUGAAUUCCCGUCAGAAGCAGCACAUCUAUUAUUUUCAGCUAAUAGAUGGGAAUGUAAACAAAAUAUUCUAAAAACUCUUAUGGAAGGCACUACAUUGGUUCUCGAUAGAUAUGCAUUUUCAGGCGCAGCAUAUACAUCAGCUGCUACUGGUAAAAGUUUAGCUUGGUGUCAGGAAGCAGAUCGUGGACUUCCUUCUCCGGACUUAGUAACUUGUUUCAAAACUAAUGAUCGAAUACAAAAUUUGUCUACGUGGGAUGGAGAAAGAUAUGACAAUAUGGCAUUUCAAGAAAAAGUAUCUUAUAAUUUCGAUAGACUUAAUGACGGCACUUGGAAAAUUAUAAAUAGUAAACAAGAUAUAUAUACAAUACAUAAAGAAUUAUUAAGAAUUGCAUUAGAUACUAUUCAAUGUGUUAAAAAUAAAUCUAUAUGUCAAUUAUGAAUAUCAAUUUAUUUAUCAAUGGGAUCAUCGUAAUAUAUCGAUAUCUUUAAAUCUUUAAAGAAUAUAUGUAUAAAUCAAUCAUGGAAAUAUUUAAUAAAUCGAAUGAUUAAUGAA